GGUUUUGCGUCACUGCUGCGGAAACGUUCAUCAUCGUCACCUUUGCGCGUUAUCGCGUGUGAAUUUGUAUAAGACGUACGUGCGGCACCUAUUGAAGGCGGUGAAACCACCAUCACGUGGCAUCCCGCUCGCUUUCGACAGCACGUACUUCACUGCGUUCGAGCACUGCGAGCACUAAUUAUUCUUCCCAGUCAACGAUGCUCAACGGUCGAGCAGAGCCCACCGCCUUCAUCCGCAAUGGGGCGGCGGGACGUGCCGGGGCACCCGUCAUGGCCCGUCGCGGCCUACAGAAACCCUUCCGCAAUGUCCCCUCCGUCGGUCGUGGCGCCUACCACCUCCCCCCACUCAGUUCCCCUGCGCCGCCCGCGCCCUCUGCGGCCUCGCCGAGGCGUGCCUCGAACUUGGACACGACAAAGGACCUGCAGCUGACGGUCACUUCGUCCUCUGCUGCUGUUGCGGUAGCCGCCCCUAACCACGAUACUUUGGCGUCGAGCAGUGCACUGGCAGGUUCGGUGCAGAUGUGGCCUGCGGUGACGUCCACUCGACAGCGACGGCGUCAAAAGGCACUCGAGUCGAAGUCUCCGUUGUCUCUGCAGCUGGAGGGCUUUAUCCGUCGGGAGCAUCAGCAGUACAUCCGGGAGCACCCGUCCUGCUCUCGCACCGAUACUCUUUUUAUCUUUCGCGAGGCCCUCGCCACCUUUGUGAACCACUUCGCCGAGUACCGCGGCGUGCUGUACCUCAUCCGCGACGAGUACGACGCGGCGCUCAACGAGAUGACGGAGAAGGCGAAGCAGAUGCAGGUGGAGUACCUGGAGAGCCAGAGCGAUCGCGGCCUGCAUGCGAUGGAGCUCAUGCAGUUGAAGGAGUCGACGAACGCCACCAUCAGUAACCAACAAGCGCAGUUGGGGGUGCUACAGGGACUUGUGCAUGCCUUGCGGGAUCAGCUGACUGCCGCAGAGCACGCCAACAGCAUGCUCACUGUGGAAAUGGAGCAGAAGAAGAAGACGUACGUGGAGGCGCAGCAGCAGGCGAAGCUGCUCUCACGAGCAAUGAUCGCGGAAACCGCGCGCACAGCGGCGGAGCGGGAGCGGGCUCAAAAGCUACAAAAGGAAUCAAAUCUUCAGAUGUCCCGCAUCAUGGUCCUCCAAGGCAACGUGACGGAGCUGGAGGAGUGUUUGCGGCAGCAAGUCUCUCUCCACAGCGAAGCGCAAGACCCCCGCAGUCGUUCGGGCAAGUUCACGGGGUCAGCUCUUCGGCGCAGCGCCGCACCACACGGGUCUGCCGCCGCGUGUUCUGCCAGCGGCGACGUUGCGGAGGCCGACGCCCCCUCAGAGUACGUGUCGCACCUGUUGAGCCGAAUUGACGCUCUGGAGAUGAAGGUGCAGCUGAUGACACAGCAAGAUGGAGCGGCGGAAUCGAAGGAAACAAAAGCCAAGGCCCUGCAACCUUCGAAAACAGAAGAGGAAAGCGCCGUUUCGACAUCCAUCGGUAUUCGUGCCGCUGCCGCGAAGAGUCCCGCCGGCGCCACCGCGAGCGUCGAUGCGCUUUUCCCGGUUGUGCGGCAGUGA